GCUAGUCAUUGAAUAACUGGGAAAUUUUUAAGAAGUGUAAUUGAAGAUGUGUAAGCGAGGUGCAUACGUGCUUGAUGACACAAGUGCGGGCGGCGAGGCCGCGUAAGUCGGCCCCCCUCCUUCGACCGGGCGAGCCUAUAUAUACGGGUGGCAGAGCGGCCGCGCGCGCCCAGCUCCGCCGCAGGAGAAAGCAAGAGCUGCUCCGCUCCGCAGUACAUUUUCUCACCGUGUCCGAUCGCAGUGUUGUGCCGACUGCCGCGCCGAGACGCUCAGUUCGUACCUCGCUUUCGCCGCCGUCAAGUAAGUCAGCUCAGCUCCACAGGACGCGGCCGACGAGCUGCGCUUUGUGAGUGAGUGUGCGUGUGUUCGGACGAUCUGGCCGGCGCAUCGGCAUUCCUGCUACGGACGCGGAUGCUGUGAAAGAUCUUUCUCCACAGGGACAACGGCGUUUUUUGCUUUUCAGCAACUCAACGGAGCUCGGGCAACGGGAGCUUCUUGUGGGAGAAUUUUGCCUCUAGCUGCAACAAACCACCUAACAUGACAUCGAGGCUGAAAACGGGGACGCUGGCGGCCCUGUUCUGCGACGGAGAAUGCGAGGAGGCGUCGAACGUGACGUCACUGGUGCGGCUGGCCGUCGACCGCUACCACCGGCUCGUCCACGCCUUCAGCGACCCCCGCGUGGCCGACUGGCCCCUGAUGGACAGCCCGAUGCCGACACUGGUGAUGGUGGCGGCCUACCUGUACGUGGUGAUCAUCCUGGGCCCGCGCCUCAUGGCCAACCGGAAGCCGUUCCAGCUGCGCAGCGUGCUCAUCUACUACAACGCCUUCCAGGUCGCCUUCAGCUUAAUCAUGCUGUGGGAGCACCUGAUGAGUGGCUGGCUGUGGGACUACAGCUUCCGGUGCCAACCCGUGGACUACUCGCGGAGCCCCACGGCGCUUCGGAUGGCGAAUUUGUGCUGGUGGUACUACAUAUCCAAACUGACAGAGUUUAUGGACACAAUAUUCUUCGUUCUGCGUAAGAAAGACAACCAGGUGUCGCUGCUACAUCUCUACCAUCACACGUUGACUCCGAUUGAGACUUGGAUUUGUUGCAAGUUUAUUGCAGGUGGUCAUGGUACGUUUUCGAACCUCAUCAACAACAUCGUGCACGUUAUCAUGUACCUGUACUACAUGAUGGCAGCCAUGGGGCCCGCCUAUCAUAAGUACCUCUGGUGGAAAAAAUACCUGACGUCGUUGCAGCUAGCCCAGUUCACCCUUGUGUUUAUACAUUCAGCGCAAGUUCUUUUCAUUGACUGCGGCUAUCCGAAACUGAUAGCUGCUUUCCUCCUUGUCCACUCUGCCAUUUUCUUCGGUCUAUUCUACGACUUCUACAUGCAAGCGUACAAGAAGACUCAAACAGUGAAGAAAGCUGAGUGAAUCAGCAGCAUCUCUGAGAUCACUCUGGCUCCAAGACGGAAAUUCCUAAUUCACGAGUUCAUUACGAAACUUCAGUAGAUGUGUGUAUGCAAAAUAUUUAUCAUUCACAUAUUUCAUCUCCAUUUCACUCAGGCAACAAAUUUACAAGUACGUAGCAGAAGCAUAAAACACUUGGACGCAGUGGCGACUGUUACAAACUUUUAACGUUACAUGGGUUUCUCAAAGAAACCACGAGCUCAUACGUAUUUACAUGAACUGUGCCUUUUGCGUCAAUUGGAGCACCGUUUGUGUAGUACUUUAAAGAUGCUGUAAGCAGUGUUUUACUAAAUAGUGUUCCACUUAACGGUGGUAACCGUACCACAAUUGUCAGUUACCUGUGCUGCAGUCGAAUAUUCACAAUCGGACAGACAUAUGACUUGGGGUGAAAAUCUGUGUUGAGCGUUACGAAAAUGAAACGUAUACAUUUAUGUUCUACAGGAGUUCACAGGUUUUUAAAAUGUUUUUUUUAUUAUUUUUGUUUUGUUUUAAUUGAAUUUCUGUAACUAAGACAGUCACGAGUAUCUAAAUUUUUCUUUUUGUGAAGAUAAGACUGGUUAUUUUAACUGCACGAACACUUCACGCAACAGUCAUUAAAUUUAAUUGCUGGUAAUUUAACUAUUCUACGAUAAGUAAUAUAAUGUAAUUAUUUACGAUAAGUAUUAUGUAAAAUAAGAUCUUGCCUUGUGAUUAAUCGUUGAAAAAUAUGGGAAAGAAAAUCUGGGCCGAUUCAAAAGGAGGGCAACCAAAAAACCAUAUCAGAACAACGUAUUUUGGAUACGGCAGCAUCGGCUUCCAUUUUGUCAAGCACAAGUACAUUGUGCAUAAAGAGAAUGUACAGCAAUGGAAUUCUGAGUGAAAUCGUGCCGUACUUGUUAACUGUCCACAUAAUCAACAGUGAUUAUCGUAAACAGUAUUUAACGUGGAAAUCUGAAAUAUUCACGUCCCUUGUAAAAGAUACAAUUCGUCACUUUAUCCAUUUAACUAGUUUACAUGAGAUUUAUGUCUACAGAUUGAAUAUGGGUUACUUUUAUUUUCUGUAUUUUGCUAUAGGAGCUAUGACUGAAUAUACUAUUUAUCCACUUAAGUAUCUGUCCAAAACACAAAUACCUUCAAGUUUUUAAAAUAGAUAUUGAUCAGAAUAUUGAGGAAAAGAAUUUAGGAAUUUUUGUAAUCAGAUCUGCCACAGUUUGGUUUAUACAGAACUACUUGAAAUCAGUAUUGUGUGUAUUAAUAAAUUCUCACAUUAAUAACGAUUUCAUUCGAUUAAA